ACAAAACAUCAGAUUAUGAUGCAUGCUUCUCAUUAUAUUACACAAUUAAUAUUUCGUUAUUAUCACAAAAUACUAAUUCACGGAGGUCCUCAACUACUCACAGCAAGCACACGUCAUAAAUACUGGACAAUAGGAGCACGUAAUCUCUCCAGAAAAAUUGUACACAACUGUGUCAAAUGUUGUCGAUUUUCGGGUAAAAGUAUUCAACCAAUUAUGGGAAAUUUACCUGAACAGCGUCUACACGCUGACUAUCCAUUCAUUAAUACAGCAAUUGACUACGCCGGGCCAGUCAUGAUAGUGAGUCGAAGUGGCAGAGGGUGCAAAUUAAUUAAAUCAUAUAUGUGUAUAUUUGUAUGUUUGGGAAUCAAAGCAGUACAUAUAGAACUGGUAACCGACCUGUCUAAGGAUGCAUUUAUUUCUGCUUUAAAUCGUUUCAUUUCUCGCAGGGGUAAACCCGUCAACAUUUUCUCAGAUAAUGGAAAAUGUUUCAUAGGCGCAAGUAAUGAAUUAGAUAAAUUUUUAAAAUAUAAUUCGGAUUAAUACAAUGAUUAACUUUAAGUUUAGUCCAGCAUAUAGCCCUCAUUUCAAUGGAUUGGCUGAAAGCGCCGUCAAGGCUGUUAAACAUCACUUAAAAAGAGUAGUUUCCUUUGCACAUUUAACAUAUGAGGAAAUGAAUGCAUUAUUAAUACAAAUUGAGGCGAUUUUAAACUCUAGACCUCUCACUCCUAUUUCAUCUGAUCCCUCAGACCUAGAAGCGCUUACCCCUUCCCAUUUCCUUAUUGGACGUGCACUCACUCUGUUACCUUCUCCACAAACCACAGUCACUGAUUAUGCCAAGAUCUGCACGCUCUCACUUUACAUGAGAAUACAAGUGCUGAAGGCUCAUUUUUGGAAUAGAUUUUAUAAAGAAUAUAUUUCAGAACUCCACACCAGACACAAAUGGAAGCAAACUAACGGACAACUUCAAAUCGGCGAAAUGGUGCUAAUUAAAGAUGACCGUUUGCCGCCAAGUCGCUGGUUGCUCGGGCGAGUGACCACUCUUUAUCCUGGGUCAGAUGGCAUCACCCGUGUUGCUGACGUGCGAACCGCAACAGGAACUCUUCGACGCGCAUUCAACAGACUGUGUCCACUGCCAAUAUUAAUACACCCGGAGGUAGCAGACCAAGAUCUUCCGCAGUCUUCGUGUGCUGAUGGAGGACAACCUUGACUUUGCUGGGGCGGAAAUAUGUUACGGCUUUGUGUCGUGCAUCUCGCUCACACAUUCCAGCGCGUUGUCUGUGACAGCUGCCACCGUUUAUAGUUUUAAUUGUCAGUACAAUUACGAUCGUCCUACUGUAUAGCCAUCCAGGCAAAAUUAAGUAUCUUAC